GCCGAGCGACUUCCGGUGCGGCGGCGCAAAGCGGGGCUGACGCCGGAGGCCAGCCGGACGGCGGUCCGUGAUGCCGUACGCCAAUCAGCCCACUGUGCGGAUCACGGAGCUCACCGACGAGAAUGUCAAGUUUAUCAUCGAGAAUACGGAUCUGGCGGUGGCCAAUUCUAUUCGGAGGGUCUUCAUCGCUGAGGUGCCCAUAAUAGCUAUUGACUGGGUUCAAAUUGAUGCCAAUUCCUCAGUCCUUCACGAUGAGUUCAUCGCUCACAGGCUUGGAUUAAUCCCGCUCACUAGCGAUGACAUCGUGGACAAGCUGCAGUACUCCCGGGACUGCACGUGUGAGGAGUUCUGCCCUGAGUGCUCGGUAGAGUUCACCCUAGACGUGCGGUGCAACGAAGACCAGACCCGGCACGUCACGUCUCGAGACCUCAUCUCCAACAGCCCCCGGGUCAUCCCGGUGACCUCCCGGAACCGAGAUAACGACCCCAAUGACUACGUGGAACAGGAUGACAUCCUGAUCGUCAAGCUGAGAAAGGGCCAGGAGCUGAGACUUCGAGCCUAUGCCAAAAAGGGCUUUGGCAAGGAGCAUGCCAAGUGGAACCCAACUGCAGGGGUGGCUUUUGAGUAUGAUCCCGACAAUGCCCUGAGGCACACAGUAUACCCCAAGCCAGAGGAAUGGCCGAAGAGUGAGUACUCAGAGUUGGAUGAGGACGAGUCACAGGCUCCCUACGACCCCAAUGGCAAGCCAGAGAGGUUCUACUACAAUGUGGAGUCCUGUGGCUCUCUGCGCCCCGAAACCAUUGUCCUCUCUGCCCUCUCUGGACUGAAGAAGAAACUGAGCGAUUUGCAGACCCAGUUAAGCCACGAGAUCCAGAGCGACGUCCUCACCAUAAACUAGCUGCGGCUCGUCGGUUUCAGCAGAAAGGGGCUCCGAGCCAGCAGCUGGUUUCAGGUCUCUCCUGAGACUCUUCUAGCUUCUGCGGUCUAGAUGGCUAUUGCUCAAGCUUCUUGGCAGGCCGUCAGUACCAGCUAGAAAGGCAGCAGUGGGGAAGGGUGGGUCCAUCCCUACCUUCCUCCGUCACAGGCUGUCAGGGGUGCCACUAGUAUUCGAGGCAGGCCGUCUCUUCCUGAACAUUCAGCAUCCCUGGCCCUGCCUGCUGAUGGCCAGCAGCACUCGCAGAACCCAGAACAUCCCUCCCACCCUGUUUCCUAAUCUGCCUGUGGGGCCGAACUCCUUCCCUGCUGAGAACCGCUGAGCUGGACUCUCUCUUUCGGUUAUUUCAGCUCUUUACUUUGUCCAAAAGUUGGACUUUUCAGUUACGCGUUAGGUUUCCCAUGUUAGGAUUGAGUGCUAGAACCCUCAUUCAGGCUGCCUACAAACCCAGUCCCUCCCAGGGCCAGCCUACUGGCACUUCAAACUCCCGUGUCCCUAAUUUGAGAACCCUUUGAGAACAGUGUUAGAUCCUGGCACCCCUGGCUCCAAUAAACCCUGUGUUUCAUUCUCUACCCAUCAGUUACAACUUCACGGCCAAUGGCCUGAUGAUUUAGUUUGGGGGAGGGAAGCGGGUGGGCAAGGGCUUUAAUGAAGGUCUGGCCUUGACCCUUAAGUCCUAUAGGUAAGAACAUACCCAAAGCAGUGAAUUAGGCAGCCUGGCAGGAGGAGCCUGGAGAAAACCAGGGCCCCAGUGCAGAAAGGAAGAGAGAUUUAUUGAUUGACAAUAGUCGUCUUUUUAAAAGUUUUUAUUUUUGGCAAUAAAGAGCACAACAUAA